AUGGUGCCUCUGCGCCCUCUGCCUGGCAACCCGGCACGCCAGAGGUGCCUGUCAGCGGUGCCCUCUGGCCGGUCGCUGUCUCCUGUGGAGGUCCGCGGUGGCCCGCAAGGCGGGCCCGGGCGACCGCCGCCGUCGCCGCGGCGGGCGCCGCGGUGGCCGCCAGAGGUGCUGCGCUUCCUGGAGGCGGACGGCGCCGCCGCGGCCCCCGUGGGAGGUCAGCCUCUCGAGUCAGCGUCCCCCAGCGGCAGCGGCUGGCGGCUGGCGGCUGGCGCGUGCAAGAUCCCGCAUCCCGCCAAGGCGGAGCGGAACGGCGGCGACGACGGCUUCUUCAUCGCCGAGGGGGGCUUGGCCGUCGGCGUCGCGGAGGCUGCGGCGACCCGGCCCGCCGCCUCAGGUCGACCCCGGCGCCGUGGCUUCCGAGCUGAUGCGGGGCGCGGCCGACGCGUCGAGGCGGCUGGGCGGGCCGGGCGCGGCAGGCCCGAGGACCGAAGCACGCCGCCGAGCUGCUGCGCCACGGGUACGCCGACCUGCGCUCUUACGGCGGCACGACCGCCGCCAUUGCCGUCCUGA